AUGAGUGAAGAAAAUGAUGAGGUUGAGAUUGGUGAGACUGGACUGGAAAAAACAAUGAGCUCGGAAGAAACAACACAAGAACCUAAGGUAAAUAUGAUUUUUAACACAGUUGAUGAGGUGCUUGAUUUUUAUAAAAAAUAUGCAAAUCGAGUAGGUUUCCCAAUGAAGAAGAGAUCAUCGAAGAAAGGAGAUUGUGGGGAGUUGAAAUAUGUGACUUUAUCAUGUUCUCGAUCAGGGAUCCCGCAAAGUACUGCAAGCAAUGUCUUGAAGCCAUAUCCAAGCAUAAAAUGCAAUUGCAAGGCUCAACUUAGGGCAGGUAUAUGCUUGGAUGGAAGGUGGAAAGUGAACUCGGUCAAACUUGAUCAUAAUCACGGAUUAAAUCCAAACAAUGCUCGAUAUUUUAGAAUGAAUCGUGCAAUAAGUUCGUAUAUGAAAAGGAAGAUUGAAGUGAAUGAUAGAGCUGGAAUAAGAGUAAAUAAGAAUUAUAAUUCAAUGGUAGUUGAAGCCGGAGAGCAUGAGAAUAUGUCAUUCAUGGAAAAGGAUUGUAGAAAUUACAUUAACAAAGUUAGAAGAUUACAACUUGGGGAAGGAGAUGCAACUGCAAUUCAAAAGUAUUUCUUGAAGAUGCAAGCUCAAAAUGCAAAUUUCUUUUAUGCAAUUGAUCUAGAUGAAAGUGGUCGGUUACGAAAUGUGUUUUGGGCAGAUUCUAGGAGUAGGGCAGCAUAUGAGGAAUUUGGUGAUGCCAUUACAUUUGACACGACAUACUUGACAAAUAAGUAUGACAUGCCAUUUGCUCCAUUUGUAGGUGUUAAUCAUCACGGGCAUUCAAUUUUGCUUGGAUGUGGACUGAUUUCAAGUGAAGAUACUGAUACAUUUGUUUGGCUAUUUAAAGUGUGGCUGGCAUGCAUGUCUGGGCUUGCUCCAUGUGGGAUAAUUACUUAUCAAGACAGGGCCAUGAAAAAUGCUAUUGAGAUUGUCUUUCCUAACACUAGGCAUCGUUGGUGCUUAUGGCAUAUAAUGAAGAAGCUUCAUGAAAAGCUUAAGAGUUAUAAACACUAUGAAUCUAUUAAAUUUUCCUUGGAGAACAUUGUGUAUGAUUCAUUGACCAAUAUUGAGUUUGAAGAUCGUUGGAAAGAGAUGAUUGAGAAGUAUGAGUUACAGAGUAAUGAUUGGUUACGAGGCCUAUAUGAUGAAAGACGUCGUUGGGUGCCAAGCUUUGUGAAAGGAAGUUUUUGGGCGGGCAUGUCUACCACACAACGAAGUGAGAGUAUGAAUGCAUUUUUUGAUGACCAUGUAAAUUCUAAGACUACCUUGAAGCAAUUUGUGGAACAAUAUGAAAAUGCAUUGAUGACUAAGGUAGAAAAAGAGAACCAAGCAGAAACUAAAGAAAAUUUGGAGAUUAAGGAGUUGGCAGCUGAUUCUGAAGAAAAGUGUGUGAUUGUGAUGGCUUGGAUGCAGAAACUAAAGGAGCAAUUGUCUAACCAUGACAACGUUUGUGGGAGUACUCAACCAAUUCCCAAGUCACCAACUGGUAGGAGCUUUGACAAUUGUGUUAAUGAAAUUUCAAAUUCGAAGAAGAUACUUACCCUGUUAGCAGUCAGAAGCAAAGGUUGA